UUCCAUUAUGUUCAGGUCUUCAUGCUGUCACAGUCUGCCAUCCUCCAGGCUUACUACCGUAGAAAUAAAGAGAAUAUUCAUUUUUUAGAAGCAUAAUGUAACUAACAAUCAUCAGGAUUAACGUCUGUCACCAUGUUACUGAGCUAACGUUAGCUACGAGGCUAGCUCGGCUACUUUGACAAUCCUUUGAAGGUUAGCUUCCUGCGGCUAACUCCGCUAUGUGAACUAACUCAUAAAGAAAGUCCCUGCAACUCCCAGGUGUUGCAGGUCGCUCUCAUGUGCCCAUGGAGAAGGCGGCCUUUGAGGGGUGGCUGGAGUCAGUCUCCUCCACUUUCCUUACUCUGAAUGACCAGCAGAAGAACCAGUCUCUGGACCAUCUCAUCUCUCUUAGUGGUGCUGCUCAGCUCCGUCACCUGUCCAAUGGACUCGAGACGCUGCUCAAACGCGACUUCCUGCGCCUGCUUCCUCUGGAGCUGGCCUUCUACCUGCUGCGCUGGCUCGACCCUCAGACCCUGCUCACCUGCUGCCUCGUCUGCAAACAGUGGAAUAAGGUGAUCAGCUCAUGCACCGAGGUGUGGCAGGGCGUGUGUCGGGAGCUGGGCUGGAGGAUCGAUGAGUCCGUCCAGGACGCAGCUCACUGGAAGGGGGUCUACCUGAAGGCCAGGUUGAGGAUGAUGCAGCUGAAAGACCAGGAAGCCUUCGAAACGUCGUCCCUCAUCGGGCACAGCGCUCGAGUUUACGCGCUCUACUACAAGGACGGCCUCCUCUGCACAGGAUCUGAUGACCUCUCCGCCAAGCUGUGGGACGUCCGCACCGGUCAGUGUAUUUACGGGAUUCAGACUCACACCUGUGCCACAGUGAAGUUUGACGAGCAGAAGCUGGUGACUGGCUCCUUUGACAACACCAUUGCAUGCUGGGAGUGGAGCUCGGGCGCUAAAAUCCAGCAGUUCAGAGGCCACACUGGAGCAGUGUUCAGCGUGGACUACAACGAUGAACUGGACCUGCUGGUCAGCGGCUCGGCAGACUUCUCGGUGAAGGUUUGGGCUCUCUCUGCAGGGGCGUGUCUCAAUACGCUGACCGGUCACACCGAGUGGGUCACCAAGGUGAUUCUGCAGCGCAGCGAGGUGGAGUCGAUGAUGCACAGCCCUGGAGACCACAUCCUCCUCAGUGCUGAUAAAUAUGAGAUCAAGGUCUGGCCUUUAGGCAGAGAGAUCAACUGUAAGUGUUUAAAGACUCUGUCGGUGUCGGAGGACCGCAGCAUCAGCCUGCAGCCUCGUCUGCAGUUUGAUGGCCGAUACAUCGUCUGCAGCUCCGACCUCGGCGUCUACCAGUGGGACUUCGCCAGCUUCGAGAUUCUCAGGGUGAUAAAGACCCAGGACCCCACCAACCUGUCCCUGCUCAGCUUCGGCGAGAUCUUUGCUCUUCUCUUUGAUAACCACUUCCUGUACGUCAUGGACCUGAGGACUGAGGCCAUCUCUGGACGCUGGCCUCUGCCCGCCUACAGGAAGUCCAAACGAGGCUCCAGCUUCCUGGCCGGGGUGACAUCCUGGCUCAACGGGCUGGACGGGGGCAAUGACUCUGGACUGGUGUUUGCUACCAGCAUGCCCGACCAUAGCAUUCACCUAGUGCUGUGGAGGGAGAACGGAUAGGAGGCGUGGACAUGAGACGCCGCCAAGGGUGCUCCAAACAGCCAAGAUACACGAUGCAUGGACCAAAGCAUUUUGUUUUUAUCUGUUUCUUCCUCAGCAUACAGUCCUCCUCGCUCACGUUCACAUAGAGAGAGAAAGACGAGGAAACGACGGCGGACAGCUCGCAGAUUGAGGACAAAGACGGAAAACUGUCAGAAAUAAAGACAACCACAGGAAGUGUGCUGGAAUAAUCAGGGUGUUUCUGUCAGAUCUGCUCAGUGAUCAGUGAAAUGUCGUGCAGUUAGACAUCUGUAGCUCACUUUUAAUCAUGAUGAGCCGUGAUUGGACCAAAGAUUCACGAUGCAACGAGGCUGUUUUAGAACGCUGCAGGGGUCUGACUGCUGCAGCUCCAAUCAGGCCAGCUGGGAGUCUUUACUCAACUGGCUUUAGAUCGUUAGUCACAGGGUUUCAACAGCCAAUCAGAGCCUCAGAGAGGAAGUCACCUGGUCAGUCUGCACCUCUUUUUUUAAACUUCAAAGCAAUCUUAAGCAAGCAAGCCUAGGCUCCCAAAAAUGUGGAGUAGGACAGAUGACACUUCAGCUGCAGCAGCAGUCUUCAAACAUUUCUGACUAAAGUCACCAAAGAUGAAGCCAAAACUCUCUGUAGUUGUUUAUUUAUUUCCUUUUUAUCCUUUUUGAUGACCUUAAACCCACCUCAGAAUAAAGGGAGGACGUUUACCCCACUUAGCCACAGGCACACCUACAGUAAUACUGAUGUUUGUUUCAGUUAUAAUGAGUAACUUCAGUGAAAUGCAUGCACAUGCAUGGAUCACAGGUCAAAAUAUUGCUAAAUUUGUUUGAUUUAAUGAAUGGGACUAAACAUUUGCAGCAGUGAGUUGUUGCUGUGAAAGAGCUAAACCGUCCCCUCCAGGAUUGUGAAGCAGCUGCAUGUUCCCCCUCGUCUCGUGGUGAAUCUUUGGUCUGGUUAGGAAGUAAUCAUUUCAGUAAGAACUUCAGUAGCCAUCUUUAAACUCCUGGUCUCAGCGCUGUCUUCGGCCUCCUCUCCAGGUGAGGAGUGCGUCGUGUUCGCUGUAGCUCAAACCUGCAGGAUGCUGAAGCUGCUCUCUGAGCCGGUCUAUAGAAACAUGAGGAGGAGAGUCGCCUUAAAAACAGACGCUGUAAAUAAAGGAGAACGCCAGAGUGUGGUCAUAAAGGGAGAUUCUGAUGUUUUUAAAAAUAACUAUAAAAUCUAUCAGGCCGUAAAUCAGUGAAAAGGUUCCUGGAUGGUUCUGGGAGAAGAAUCCUGCGGCUGUGACGUCUGCAGAUGAAUGUUUUAUCCUUUCAAUGAUAAAACGUUUAUUAGACUCACCCUGAUCCAUCAGACUAACAGUCUUAAAGUAAGCACCCAGGUUUAAAAACAGCAGAAUUUCCCUUUGAGCGAGCAGUCUCUGGUGAUUUUCCCACGCUCUACAGUAAGCUGUGUGCUGAUUGGUACGCUGGGCGGUGGUUUUGGUACAUUGCUGUGUACAAUGUAAAGGUGUAAUCUGCUUUUCUAUGGGACGUGUGGUUGAAGAAAAUGUGAUGUGCCUUUUCUGUUGGUUUGAUGUGACGAACUAGAACUGCUGGGCACGCCGCAGCCAGCCGACGGCUGUGCGCUAACGUCAUGUUUUUCAUAUUUACUGUGCUCCAACAGUCCACCAUGUCUGUCAUUUUAUAGUAUCUACCUGACACCACUGGCUCAGUGAAUCGCUUUUCUGUGUCAAACAUCAGCUUUAUUUUUCUAAAGGACUUGAUGCAUCGAGGCCUAGGGAGGGAAACGAGUAUGGAGGCCCUGAAGGGACAUGGGCUUAAAAGAAGAGGAAGAAACAAGUCAUCAGAAAUGAUCCUGAGAGGAGAAAGUGUCUCAUCAGAAGGGAUGGAGAUUGUUCACUUUCAUUCUUCAACACUCCUAAUCAACCCGAGUCCUUAUCAACACUACUAUUGAUACUAAGGUGGUUAUGAAGUGAGUGCGGUGCAGACUGCUGCAUUAAGCCUAUCUAUGUGGUAAAAUUACCAGCAUGUGUCAUUAAAUUAGUAAUAUUUUACUAAAAUCAGGCUGAAAUGUGGUUCUAAGGUUGUGGACCAGUUAAACAGACGUAGAAGUUUCAGCUUUGUUAAGUUUGCCCCAGUCAUUUUGAGGAUGCAGCUCUUUUGAUGCUUAACUUUGGUUUAAAAUUUAUAAAACCUACAUUUUAAAUUCUGUCAGGCAGUGAGAUAUCGUUGCUUUUAUACUGAUGAAAAACCAAACAUUUCUCAUGCUCAUGCUUUCUCCUAAUAGUCAUUUUACUGAGUUAACCUUAAAUGCAUCAUAAUAUAACCAUCUGUCAGCUCAUUAAGUGAGCUAAUUAACUUUUGUUAUACUAGUUGGAGUUUUGUUUUAAACCAACCAGAAGCUUUGUGAGCACUUUUCAGGGCUGACCUGAGCAGAUGAGGAUGACUGUCUGCAGCUGAAGUCAAAGAUAGAGAUGCGUGCUCCAUCCUGCAGCCAUCAGAGCUUUUUUAUUAACUGCAUUUUGGUUUAAGUUGAUGCACAGUGCUGAUGUGUUCCUCUUUAUCUGAGCUGCAGUGAUGAUCAAGCAGUAUUAUCAAACCUUUGGGUUUUAAUAAAAGUGGGACCAGA